AUGGCCAGCUUCAGACGCAAGACACCAGCCGCAUCUUCGCUGCGCAGCGGCACCAAGCCGUUCCUCAAUGGGCAAACGCUCGUGUCGUCGGGUUUGAGCGAGCUGGACGCGGCUUUGGGUGGCGGGUUGCUGGUCAACACUCUGAAUGUGGUGGAGACGCCUGCUGAGUCAUCGGACGGGGCGUCGACGAGUCUCGACGUGGGCGCUGGGGCCUCCGAAGCGCUGGCGAUUGACCUACUGCGAUACUUCGCGGCUGAGGGCGUCGCGGACGGCAAGCAGCGCGUUGCAAUUGUGGCCCCCGAUGCAAGGGACUUUAUCGCUGCGCAACUGCCUCUGGAGUUGAGUCUCGCCCAACGACAGGUCAAGCAGCAGCUCGCAGACACAGAGAAGGAGACCGAGGACGCCCCGCUGACUAUAGCGUGGCAGUACGGCAAGUACGGACAGCAACAGAAGCAGACUCAGAAGCAGCGGUUCUGCCACAGCUACGACCUGUCCAAGGCGAUGCACCGCGAGAUGCUGGCCGCCAAUGAGCCAGUCGCUAUUGACCCGUUGGCCUGGAUGACGGAGAGUGUCAGCGACGUGUACGAACGUCUGUACCUCGCAAUUGAAGAGUUGGUACAGCAGCAGAAGGAAGGUGGAGGCGGCCAAGUGAUUCGAGUGGGGAUGUUGGGGCUGGGGUCAUCAUUGCUGGGAGCUCCGGACGCUGCGCACAUGGCAGCGCUGUUCUCCUUCUUCAGGCGGCUGCGAGCUCUGCUCAGCCAGUCGAAGGGCGCUGUGUGCCUCGCGCUUCUCGGGAGCGACGCACUGAGCACCUUCCCGACUGCGUUUGUCAACGAGCUUCGACACCUGAGCGACAUGGUGCUGACACUGAAUUCCUUCGCUGGUACGCGCGACCUGCUGCCUGAGGAGCUGCUCGAGUUCCAGGGCUCUCUGACUCUGCGCAAAUUGCCGCGCGUGCACGCGUUGGCCUGCCACGCACCGAGCAACACGCGCUUCGGGGUGAAACGCGAGCGGCGCAAGCUCAAGAUCGAGAAGUUCCACCUGCCACCGGAAGGAUCCCGCAGUAGCAGCAACAACUCCAGCAGCUGCGGAAGCAACACAACGAACAGCGGACACGACCCGCUGGCCUUUUAG